CAAGAACAAAGGAAGGUCGGAUGGUCCGGUCAGAUGGUUGCUGUGGUAAACAAAAGGCGCUUGCAGUCUGGCGCUCCUCACGCCCCCUCUCUCCUCUCCUCUCCUCUCCAGCCUCUGCUUUCCUCAACCCAAUCUCUUUGUCUUGCAUUCCCACGCUGCAUCCAACUUUCAUUUUCCCGCUAUUGUCUUCCAAGUCAGAUACGCGACAUUCCGACCUAGAUCUUGCCCUGACUGCAUCGAGGUCGCAUUUGGCUGGACCGCCCAUUCCAACCGCCCGUGCUUCUGCUUCCGGAUCCAGCCGCCAUUCCAAAGCAACCUUGGUCCUUUCCUGCUACCACCUUAACCUUACUGCUACUCAAGCUUGGAUUUUUUUGGCUCUUUUCUGUUCGGGCCUCCUUUUCUCUUUUCGCUAGUGAUCUCUUGUACCGUCAUCCUCUACAUACACCUCAACCUCUACUGCGUGGACAAACACAAUGGAUUACACCAUGGAAGACACCCAGAACUCCGCGCCUAAUGCACACGAGGCCUCGAAGCUUGGCCCUUCGAGCCAGCGGAAUGAUACUCAGGGCGUGACCAAGCGCCUGCAAUCUGAACUGAUGCAGCUCAUGGUUUCCCCUUCCCCGGGUAUCUCAGCUUUCCCUGACGCCGACGGAAACCUUCUUUCCUGGAUUGCUACCAUUACCGGCCCGUCAGAAACACCCUAUGAGGGCUUGACAUUCAAGCUCUCCUUUUCGUUCCCUAACAACUACCCGUACUCGCCGCCCACUGUGCUCUUCAAGACUCCGAUCUACCACCCCAAUGUCGACUUCUCGGGCCGCAUCUGUCUGGAUAUCCUUCGUGACAAAUGGAGUGCCGUUUACAACGUACAAAACGUCCUUCUUAGUUUGCAGAGUCUCCUUGGGGAACCGAACAACGCAAGUCCUCUCAAUGCCCAGGCAGCCGAGCUGUGGGAUACCGACCAGGAGGAAUACAAGCGCCACGUUCUGGCCAGGCACCGUGACAUUGAGGAUGUUGAAUAGAUUCCUUUGUCUCUAGAUCUUUUUCCCCUUCAGGCGUUAAUUGGUUGAUAUUCAUUUUGGAAGCAUUGCAUUGAACUGGGGUCUGGGUUGAUCUUUGGUUUCCCCUUUCAGUGGUCGGAGCCUGCUCUCCUCGACAAGAGCUGGGACCUGAACUUGGUCUGUUCAUGUCAAAGCUUGGGAAUCGGAGUUAUUGGAAGCAAGGAGUUUUCCCUGCGCGCCACCAUCUUAGCCGAUGGUUAGUUAUUCUUUUGUUCCAUAGGUCUUUAUUCCAAGCCUAGGUAUAAUACUUAUCAAUUAUUCUUAUAGUCUAAUGUAUAGAAUGGGAUAAUAUUGGCAAGCCUCUGUCUGCACGUGACGGCAGUCUAGACUUGCAGAUCGCGGGGAAAUGUAAUAAAACAGCCGCUUGACCCUCCUGCCAGCCUGAGGACCAUGCG